AUGCUUAUUGACGCACGAAUUUCUAUGCACUCCUCCUUUCUGUCCGAUAUACCUCUAGAAUUAGUAAAGCAAUACUUUCUUGACCAUGAUUACGGCAAUUUAACUGAGGGCUGCAUUUCUAUUAUCCCGCGGUGUGCACUACAGGGAGCACCAAUAGACGCCUUUGUGGCAGGAAGAGGUGACCCCAUAGAGCAGAGAGAUGCAUUUAUUGUUCUACUCACUAGGGAUACUGACCCCUUGACACAGGUCCAGAUAGAAGCAGCCAAAGUGGUGCUAGUAUAUACAACAAUUCAGGAAUUGCCACAAUUACUACACAGGUUUUGCACUCAGCUUUAUCAGAUGAUACGCUCGUCAAGACCGUUGAGGCAAAAGGUUCAGUAUCCGGUGCAGCUGCUGGCUUUUCGUGCAAUUCCUGGAAUAGGGAGAAAGAGAGCAGAGUUACUUCAUCGAGAAUACUCUACUCUGCGAAGAUUUAUUGACGCACUUCACAGUGAAAACACAGCACAGCUCUCAAGUCUUCUCCCAGCCGCACAAAUUUCUAGGCUGCGGACUCUUUUUGCCGUCGACGAGCCCCCAUCCUCUGUAACAACAAAAAAUGGACCGCAUGUUUACUAA